CAGAAGCUUCAUAUGAAAAAUACAGAAUGUCAGUUUCUAAAGAUAUGCAAGGUUUCUUAGGUAUUGUCACCAGUAUUCUUGUUUUAGCUUAAUCAUUGUAGUCAUCUGCCCAACAAAAAGCAAUGACUGUCCAAGAAUAUUAGCAAGGGAUGUCUGAAAGGCAGGUCUUUUUUCAGCCUGGUUCUGUAAGGCCAUAUACUUCAUUAGAAAGCAGUUAAAUAGCAUGCCUCCACCACCGUCGGCCUCUCCCAGUACCGAUCCUUCAAAGUGGGAUCCUCGGGUUAUUGGCUUGGUUGGUCUUAUUUGCAGCAUCUUCCUAUUAUUUAGUUACUACAAGAUUAUCGAGAGAAAUUGUGACACGUUUCGUGGGAUAACUCUAUCCCGUAAUCCAGAGCAAAGGAGGCGCAUAAACGAGCAUCUUGAAGAACUCUCUUCACAGUUACGGAGUAGGGGAUUGGAUUCUUACGUUAUGCACUCGCUUCCUGUCACGCAGAUUAAGAAACACAAAGACAGAGAAUCACAUCCAGAUGAUGCAGAAUGCGCAGUUUGCUUGGGUGAAUUUGAAGAAGGAGAAUGGGUGAAACAUCUGCCUCAUUGCUCUCAUGUGUUCCACGUUUCGUGUAUUGAUACUUGGUUUCAGACUCAUUCAAGCUGCCCCCUCUGUCGGUCUUAUGUUUUUGGCAUUAAUUCGUCCCAAGAAUCGUCAGUGGCCAUGCGCUUGCCUCUGGAGACUCUUAAUCGGGAAGACUACCAUCGACAAAGAUCAGAGCGGUACCAAGUUGUGCCAUCCCAAGUACUGCAAAAUUCUUCUGAAACAACUGCUACAGAAGUAACCAUUGAUUUUAGGCAAUAACAGCAAUCGUUCAUAUGUUUUGAGCUCAGGAGGUAAACCCACGGAGGACAGAUUAUGGUUAUUCAACAACUUCUCUAAAUUUUAAAUGCCUGAACAAGAUUAUGUAAAUUUUUUCUGAUCUCGUACCGUUUUCCAGGAUAGUGUCUCCAUAAGAUUUAUACACGUGCUAGCAACAGAGGCACUACUCUAAGGAUUAUCUAUUUCGUAAAAUGUUCGAUUAUCUCCUCAAGUACUAGGAAUACAUUGCAUAUCAAUGAGAAAACAUCAAACUUUGG